CUUAUAACAGUCCUCAAAUGGUAAUGCAGUAUUAAGAUUUUUGAGUUAUCCACAAAACAGAGUGUAGGUACAUCCAAUAAUCAAUCCAAGAGAUAGAAAAUGACAAAAAGUUAUUUUAAAGGAGAUCUUUCAUAAUCAGACAUGAUAGUGUUGACAGAGUCAGAAUUGAAGAGAAUAAAGGUAUUUUAAAGACAUUGAAAAUAGAAUCUAUCAGUUAUAACAACAAAAGAAGAGUAAUUGCAACAUAAAAAGUUGAUGGAAGAAUAGAAAGAGUAAUAGUUGGCAGCUGCCUAAGCCAAAAAACAGAGAAUGUUAUAGAUUGAAGAGGAGAAAAAGAAAUCUAUUCCACUGAGUUAACAAGAGCAGGAAGAUAAAUUUGCCAAGGAUUCCUUGAUAUCAAGAGUUUUAUAAUAUAUUUAUGUCAUUAGGCAUAGGAAAUAAUCAAUGAACAAAUUGAUGAUGUCAAAGAGAUGAAUAAAAUGGUGAUGUAUGCUAAAUGCGUUACAAUCAGAGAUAAAUAAUUGUAAGAAAAAAAAGAGUUAUAUGAUCAGUACAAAAUGCAAGAAAAACGCAAGGACUUGAUGAUGGAAAUAGAGAGACUUAGAGCAAUCAAAUAUCAUGAAGAAAAGGAUUAGAAGUAAAAACAACAAUUAAAACAUGGACAUGAAAUCAUCAUUGAAUAAAUUAAAGAAAGAGAAUUGAUAAGAUUGAAAGAAAAGGAAGAACAAGAAAGAGAAGGUCAGAUUAUGCUUAAAUAAAUUAAACAAUUAUAAUAGGAAGAAGCACACAAGGCCUAACUUAGAAAGACUCAUCAAGCUAAGGUUCAAGAUGAAAUUCUGGAGGCCAAUCAUAAGGCUAUUUUGAUUAAGGAAAAAAGAAUACAAGAAGAGAGGGACGAAGAGGAUAAAAUAUUAUAAUACAACUUACAAAAGGCUUAAAAGGAAGCUGAGUUCUUAGAAGAGCAAAAGAGAAUUAAAGAAGAGAAGGAAAGAGAGGUGCAGAGAUUGAGAGAAAUGUAAGAGAAGGCUCAAGAUAGAGCCGCUGAAUUGGACCUAUUAAGAGCCAAAAGAGCUAUGGAAUAAAAUGAAAGAUAGGCAAGAGAGAAAGAAAGAAAAGAAUAAGAGUUAAAGAUGAAAUUGAAUUAUGAAGUCAUGGAAGCCAGAAAAUUACAAUAAAGGGAGAAGCUUGAGAGAUAUUAAGAAUAAGUAAAUUAUAAAUACUAUGAGAAUAGGCAAAAUUAGAAAGAGAUGAAUUCCAAAAGGUUAUUUAGAAAUAAAAAUAAGAAAGAGAAAAUGAGAUUAAAAUCUUAUAAGAUAAAGAAGCAUUAAGAAAAAAGCAUGCUGAAGAGCUAAGAAAAUAAAUCAUUUAGAAUGAAGAGAGAAAGAAGCAAGAGGAAAGAGAUAAGUAAUGUUAUCAUAAAUUAUGAAAGACUUGAAGAAGGUAAGAAAAUCAAGGAUAAAUUGAAUUAAGAAAAAAGACUCUUAGAGACCAUUAAAGAUACUAAACUCAAGGAUCUUAACGAAAAAGCCAUCCCAGAUAAGUAUAAAGCCGAAUUAGCUAAAAAGAAAAUCGUUAUAAAUAUUUGA